UUUUCUCUUUCCACUGCACAGACUGUGUGACACUGUCAAGAAGAAGAGAGCUUGUGUGAUGAUGAAAGUGCACUCCUAAGGUUUUUAUGCCUCUCCUUAAACUCUGCCCUCACUCAGCAGCUCAGCCAGAACAGGGCUGGUAUCUUGUGCUCUGUGUCAUACAUAAGAGUGUGUUGCUAAGCUCAGAAGAUGAGUAUUUGGGGCAAGAAACAACAGACCUGUGAUGCUCCCGUCUGAAACUGGACAUAAAAAAAGACAUAGAGCAAAUUCUGGAGCAGAGUAAAUGGCAGAGUAAGACAAGUGCAGCUGGCAGGUGAUCCCUCUUUAUUCUAAAGUUCUGUAAUAUUCUGUGCAUCACCGAGUCACAUUGAGGCAUGUGGGAUCAUGAAGGCGACCUCUCACCCCUGAAGUUCUAUUGACAAAUCAGAGUGUCUAGGUGUUGGGUGCAGGUGUUUCUGGCACUGAGUAUGCACAGGGAAGCUUUGCCUCUCAGUGGGUUACUGUGGGUCUCCUGCAUACUGCUGCUCCCCCUGAUGCAGGGGUCUUUGGUGAACAGCAGCAGGAGAUCCGGUAUGGACAGCGGCUUCUUGUACAGGCGACUGAAAAGCCACGAGAAGAGGGAGAUGCAGAAGGAGAUCCUGUCCAUCCUUGGAUUGCCCCACAGACCCAGACCGGUGCAUGGACUCAGCCCUGCCCAGCAGCACCAGCCUGGCAAGCUUAACUCGGCUCCUCUUUUCAUGCUGGACUUGUACAAUGCCAUGUCCGGGCAGGAGCAGGGAGUGGACACCAAGGGCUGGUCACAAAGCCACCAGCUGAAGGUCAAGAGCUUGCUGAGCAGCCCGCAGGACAGUGCAUUCCUCAAUGAUGCUGAUAUGGUCAUGAGCUUUGUCAACCUCGUUGAAUAUGAUAAGGAAUUAUCACCUCGCCUACGACACCAUAAGGAAUUCAAGUUUAAUUUGUCACAGAUUCCAGAGGGAGAAGCGGUGACGGCUGCAGAGUUCCGGAUAUAUAAGGACUGCGUCAUGGGAAGUUUUGAGAACCAAACUUUCUUAAUUAGCAUUUAUCAGGUCUUAGCAGAGCAUCGAACAAGGGACACAGAAUUUUUCUUGUUGGACACCCAGACCGUAUGGGCUACUGAUGAGGGAUGGCUGGAGUUUGAUAUUACAGCAACCAGCAAUCUGUGGGUUAUGAACCCUCAACACAAUCUAGGACUUCAUCUGAGUGUGGAAACCAAACAUGGUCAAAACAUUAAUACAAGAGCUGCAGGCUUGGUAGGCAGAGAUGGCCCAUAUGACAAACAGCCGUUUAUGGUGGCUUUCUUCAAAGCAAGUGAAGUUCAUCUGAGGACCACAAGAUCGGCAACAAGCAAGCGCAAAAAUCAGAAUCGCAGCCGUUACACCCAGAGUCAGGAUGUAUCCAGAGUUUCUAGCGUCACAGAUUACAACAGCAGUGAUCUUAAAACAGCAUGCCGAAAACAUGAACUGUAUGUUAGCUUUCAAGACCUGGGAUGGCAGGAUUGGAUAAUUGCACCAAAAGGUUAUGCAGCAAAUUACUGUGGGGGUGAAUGCUCUUUUCCUCUCAACGCUCACAUGAAUGCUACAAAUCAUGCUAUUGUGCAGACCCUGGUCCAUCUUAUGAACCCAGAGUAUGUUCCAAAGCCAUGCUGUGCCCCAACAAAACUAAAUGCCAUCUCUGUGCUAUUUUUUGAUGAUAACUCAAAUGUGAUCCUGAAGAAAUAUAGGAAUAUGGUGGUGAGAGCAUGUGGCUGCCAUUGACAGGAUAAGGACACAGACAGAAUGUUAAUUCAAUAAUGCAAAAACUCAUGCUGUCUAUCACAAGGUUGUGGGUUUAAGCUGGUUACAUUCUGUCCUUUUUAUAAACUGAAACCUUCCACUGAAGCAUUGGAGACACUUAAACUACACAUGCCUUAUUUAAAAGGAUCAAACACAUUAACUCCUUUUGGGCUUAUGGAACAGGAUUUUAAGAUGGACAUUUGGAGGUAGUGAAGAAGGAAUCUUCCAAAAUGAGGUUUUCUGAGUUUGUUUUAGUUAGCUUGGAUCAAGCUGUGUUUCAUUUAAAAAUAAUAAUAUAUAUGAAUUAUGUUAACCCUUGUUGCUGCUUUGGUGGCCCAGAUCUUAGAUGACCAGAAAUGUUUGAAACAAAAAAAAAAGUUAAGUUCUGAAAUGUUUUCAAUAACUUACAGGCGGAGGUAAUAAUAUGAACACCAAUAAAGUAUUUGUUAUAUCUGUUAACAGUUGUAUUAUUGAUGUCUGCUAAUGUUAAUAAAACUGCUGCACAUAUUGGGGAAAGAA